AUGCCAGCAAAGCAGCGGAUGAGCGUAGCAAAUUCAGUUUUCAGUAAGAAUGUGUUGUCGAGAGGCAAUGUACAGAAAACUCUUGUAAGUUCCGCAUCUUUCUAG